CCUGUCUACCAGAUUCCGACAGGUCCUUUCGUGACAUCAGUUGUUGUGACGUUAUCGUAGGUGUCAAAACCUUUCUCUCAUUGUCAAAAUUUCUGUCUGCAGACCGCGCACGUGAUGAUGAAAUCUUUAUUAAAGAUAAAAUUGAAUUUGUGCUCAGUUACAUAACAAGAACUUUGUAUCAAGGACAGACCCCGGGGCGCUUCUUGCCCAACAAUCACUUUGGUGAACAUCUACUCAGCUAUCCUGUGUACUUUGUGAAAACGCAAACUACUCUUUAGUUUUCUGUGUGCACUCUUCGUGACGACGUCUUCAUAACAAAGUCCUCCAUAGACCGUAGACAUCUGCAUGAACAGACACCUAAAUAAUACAAGAGAUGUCAGUGAUGUUGACGUGGCAAAGGAACUACCGGAAGUACAAGACCCAAGACCUGAGCAGGAGGAGUGAUCAGACCCUGGAUGAAACCAACAACAACUGUUCUGUAACUGCACAGCGAUCUCGAAGUCUGAAUGAUAUUGCAGUUCCAGAGGACCAAAAAAGAGAACUCAAAGAAGCUUUCGGCAUGUUUGAGACUAGGAGGGGGAAAAUGUCGGCCAAAGAUCUGGGUCCUUUGCUACGGUGUCUGGGACUGAACCCGUCCGAGAGGGACUUGGAGGAAGCACGUCACGAACUGGAUGUCUGUGCCAAAGGCCGUAUAACAUACGCUGACGUAGAGCGUUACGUCAUGACGCACGGCGACGUGUACGCCGAGGAAACAGAGGACAUUCUAGAGGCGUUCCGAGUGCUGGACAAGUAUGGGAACGGGAAAAUAUCCGUCAACGACUUCAAGCGCUGCAUGACCACAAUGGGGGACAGGAUGACUCUCGACGAAGUGGAGGAAAUCAUUAAAUAUGCAAAAUCUGAUGGCUUCAUCGAGUAUGAAGAUCUGCUUCGUGAAUUAAGUGAAUCAACGAAAUAGGGGAGUUUGAUACCAACAUUUGACCCUCAUUCUCCUGCAGUUUUGGAAAUCUUGCAAAGUUUCCGGAAGCGGCCAUUAGUUGAAGUCAACAUAAUACGGACUGUUGGCAUAUCUCGUCCCUUUUUCAGUAACUGGACGUUUGAAAUUGGACACCACUGCGUCUGCAUUUUUUGCUGCAACUUAGAGUUGAAACACCCUGGCGCUGAAAACCUAAAACCUUUACACUAAUGUCACGUGAAAAGACACGUGGUGCCCCUUGGUGACAGCAUUCCAUUGUUGUUUGGAUAUAAACAGUUGACAACAAAAUUCCAUGUAUAUAUUUUUGGUAUUCAUCAUACAUUUGUUGCUGUUGGGAUUUUUCCCUUGUUAUAGCCAAUGAGAUCAGAAACUGUGGAUACAACUUUUCAUUGGGAAAUAUUACGAACA